AUGGCUCCAUCUACGAAAGCUUCAGCUGCCAAAAAGGCUGCUUUGAAAGGUACCAAUGGUUCAAAAACUCUCAAAGUUAGAACAUCAACAACUUUCAGGUUACCAAAAACAUUAAAAUUAGCAAGACAACCUAAAUACCAAAAGAAAUCAGUACCUCACUACAAUAGAUUGGAUGCUUACAAAAUUAUCAUUUCACCAAUUGCCACUGAAACUGCAAUGAAGAAAGUUGAAGAUUCAAACACAUUGGUUUUCCAAGUUGACAUUAAAGCCAACAAGCACCAAAUCAAAGCUGCUGCCAAAGAAUUAUAUGACAUAGAUGUUGAUUACGUUAAUACCUUGAUUAGACCAAAUGGUACUAAAAAGGCAUUCUUGAGAUUAACUGCUGAUCACGAUGCUUUAGAUAUUGCUAACAAGAUUGGUUACAUCUAA